AUGAAUUCAAUUACUCCUUUUGUUAUUGAAAAUAAAUAUUUUGUAUUAAACUAUAAAUAUUCAGAAAAAUUAAAAUCAGAAAAUAAAUUUAUUACUCCAAUCACUAUUCAAAUUUUACCACCAUUCACUUUUAUUAAUAAAUUACCUUUAACAUUAUCUAUAUUUAUUGUUCAUCAAAAUACUUUUCUUUCAAAUCCUCAUAUAUUUCAACAAUUAAAUAAUAAUAGUAAUAUCCCUUCUUCUUCUUUAAAUUUAUUAAAUCAUUCAAAUUUAAAUAAUUCUAUAAACCAAAAAUAUUCUUGUAUUACUAUACAACCUUUCUCAUCUGGUAGUUUUAAUGAUAUUGAUUAUAAUGACACAAUUUAUUAUUCUGUUAUGGUAAUUGACCAAUUAAAUGGUUUUAUUUUUGAUGAUAAAAAUGUUCAAUCUUCAAUAAAUUCUUAUUGCUCUUCAACAAAAGAAUUACCUUCACUUAUUAUUGGAAAGUAUCAUUUUAAACAAUCAGCUAAAGAUCAUACUAUAAUAUUCGAUUGUCCUUUUUAUAUUAAAAAUUCAACUCUUUUACCUCUUGUCGUUAAUGACUUUGGAACAAUUAAUUCCACUAAAGGAUAUUAUUUAUAUGCUCCUUUUAACCAAAAUACUAAUUCAUUAGAAUUAAUUCAACGAACUAUUAAUGAACCAUAUAAAGAUCCUAUUCCUUUAAGUCUUGGAGAAACUAAAUACCUUACCAUAGACCAUCAAGAACUUAUUGCUAAAAUUACUCUAUUUAAAAUUAUGAAUGAAUUAAGUUCUUCAUUAAAAAUAAGUAUUAAACCUCAAUUUAUAAUUACAAAUUCAACAACUAAAACAUUUAAAUUGAAAUAUGAAAACAAAAUUAUUACUUUAGCACCAAAUGAGUCUGCUCCUGUUCAUUCAAAUAUAAUAACUAUUGGUAUGGUUGAUUAUUACGGUGUUCCAAUAAAAGUAAAUGAAACAAACGAAUAUCAAAUACUUAUGAAAACAUUUGAAUCAUACAGAAUAUUUACAAUUCAAACAGAAAAUAAUAAAGGAAGUUUUUAUACAAAUAUUUAUGGAUGUAAAGAAGUUUUUUUAAGAUUAGAUAAUAAAACAAAUGAGUCUUUUGUUAUUAGUCAAUAUGACUGUAAUAUGAAAAUAAAAUUAUUACCCUAUCACUCUUUACCAUUUGCAUGGAAUAAUCCAAUUAAAGAAAGAAAACUGUUGAUCAAUGGUUUUGUUAUUGACCCUCUUGAUAUUGAAAAAGAAUAUUCAAUUCAUUCAAAUUUUAUUUCAAUAGAAAUAGAAGGAAACCUUAGUAUUAUCACAAUUGAUAAAAAUAAAAGAAAAGAAGAACAAGUUAAAUGGAGUGUUGGAGUAAGUUUGCCUUCAUUUGGAAUUUCGUUAUUUAGAAAAAAUGCAAAAGAAGAAUUAUCGUUAAAUAUUAAAUCAAUUUUAUUAGAAAUUAUUAGAACAGAUAGACAUCUUGGUUUAGAAAUGCAAUUUGACUAUAUUCAACUAGACUUUCAGUCAUUAGAUUUAUUAAAAAAUCCAGUUAUUAUUUCUCCAAGACCACUUGAUUGGAUUUAUGAUCCAAAUAAAUCAUUUUUCCAUAUCGGAUUAUUAUUAAUUACUCCAACAAAAGGUAAUAUCCUUCAAUUACGUUGUAUUUCAAAAGCAAGUUUUACAAUUCAACCAUUAGAAAUUCUUAUUGAACCAGAUAUUUUACAACAUAUUCUUGAAACUUUAGAAGAGUAUCCUCCUUUCUUAAUACCUAUAAACAACUCUAAAAUUGAUGACAAUGACCCUUUAAGAUUAAUUAUUAAAGACACUAUUAUUAAUACAAUUGAUAUUAAUAUUUCUAUUGGAAAAACAACAAAAAAACCUUCAAAACAUUCAACAAUUUUACGACUACUAUAUCAAGCACAUGAAAUGGAUAUCGAUAGAAUUCCUAUUAGAUUUAAUAAACAUAUUAUUUCUAAUAAACGUUUUACAACAACAGCAUUAGUAAAUCAAAUUAAAGAAAAAGUACUUGAAGACUUAGGUAAUUUAAAAUGGAUUGUUGUUGGUAAAUUAUUUGGACUUAGAACUAUAGUCAAUAAAAAACCAAAGUCAAUUGAUUUUACUCAAGAACGUUUUGAAAUAAAUUCUAUGAAUGGAAUUGAUAAACAAACCGAAGAAGAACUUAAUAUCUUUUUAAGAAGAGUUGAUAAGAGUACUAUAAAAGAUGUUCCUAGUAGUUUAGUAAAAGCACAGCAAUCCACUUUUGAAUAUUCUUUAAAAGAUGGUACAAAAAAUCUUGUAAGUUCUGUUGCUCGUGGUGUUAAAGGUGUUUGGAAAACUUCUGUUGGACUGACUGAUCUUGCUGGAACACAAAAGAAACAAUUGGCACCAGCAGGGUUUAUUGGUGGUGCAUUAGUUGGUGCUGCAGGAAUAGUUGUAAAACCAUUAGAUGGAAUUGUAGGAUUUUUUAAAAGUGUUAAUGACGGAUUAACAGGAAUAUCAUUUGGACAAAUUGCGAAAGAGCGAAUUAGACCACCAAGGUAUUGUCCAGAACAAAUAAUUUGUUUUGAUUACCUUCAAUCACAAGGAUGGUCUAUGUUAAUGGAAGCAGACGGUGGUGCUUUUAAAGAACUAAAGUUUUAUGAUUGGAUUAAACAAAUUGCUGAUAAUAAAAUUAAAGGAAUUAUUUUUACAUUAGAAUCAAUGAUUGGUGUAGAAAAAGAAGUUGGAGAAUUAACUAAAUCCAAAUGGAAAAUACCAUAUCAAUUAAUAGAUUCAUUUGGAUUUGAAGGAAAUAAUAUUGAUAUCAGAUUAAAAAGUCCAAUAAGAUUUGGCAAAUUACAAAAGAAAGUUGAAGUCUUUGUAAUAGAAGGAUGGAUUUUAGAACAUAAAGAUAAAGAAAGAAUUAAGAAAAUAUUAGAUAAUGUUAAGGGAAUUAAAAAAUAA